GCCGACUGCCGGCAACAUGUCAUGACAUGUAUGGUCGUGAGUAGUCGCCCAAAGAGUCGUAUCUUUUUCUAGUCACCGCUGGAUUUUUAACAUGUUGAAAUUUUCAGCGACCUGCUGCGACUAUGAUGGGUACCGGCAAGUCGCCGAAAAAAUCGUAUAAUGCACAUAUCCUAUACGGUCCAUGAAAGGUGUACUUUAUUGGAGUAUGGAGAAAUGCAUUUUUAUUACAUCAAAGAAACUUUUUGAUAGCUAGUUUUGAAAAUUUAAAGAAUUAUGUACUUUUAAGAGUACAAAAUCAUGCUUCCAUUAAAAAUGCUUCGGUUCAGGCACAUUUACUACCUCUCAAUGAGAUUUUACCACCCAGGGGUUAAGGGGAGUGAUUUUUUGUGGUAUCAACUAGACAACUGUUCAAAUGAGGACCAAGUACUUGAUCUGGUUGGGAAAAACAAAGCCAAACUUGCAGUGAUGCAUGUGGGCCAUGCAAUAGAACUCCUCUGGCAAUUUCAAAAGGAAAAGCCACAGAUACUGAGGAGUAUAGACUACAUCAGAAAUCACUCACAGUUCAUGGUUCUUCGUGUGUUAGCAGAAAACAAGAUUGACCAGAUGGAUGAUGAAACACUGGUGGAUAUGUUGUACAAUGCACUGAGGUUGAAUGUUGAACCACAUGAUUCCCUAGUCCAACAACUUGUGAUGGAGGCUUGGGGAAGAAUUGAAAGAUUUGGUAUGCCUAUGUUAUCCAAGUUUGCUGUAUGUUUGACAGAUCAGCAUUUAUAUCAUAGUCCACUGAUGGGAGAAAUUGCCGAUAUUGUUAGCAGGAAGUUGGAAUCUAUAUAUGAUGCAAGAAUACUUUCAUCAUUAAUGUUAAGCAUCUCUGCUUUGAUCUCCAAAUGCUUUCGGAAUCGUUUAAUAGAAAAGGCCGAAUUUCUACUGGACACUGGGUACACCUCUCAGUUUAACAAUUGCCGCAGAAUUGUACAAUUUCUACGCAAUGUGAAGUUCAGCUAUCGUCCUUUGUUGGAAAAAUGCAAUGCGAUAUUUCUUCAGAGCAUAAAGGGCUUGGAUGCUGAUAAUAUAAGCAUUAUCCUUGGAGUGUACCAGUCUCUACAUUUCAACAAUUGUGACUUUCGGCUCGCUGUUAAGUGGAGACUUAUUGAACUUAUUAAUACUCAAACUGAUCCCACAAGUUUUGUUAGACUUUUUGCAGUUUUAGGACCUUUGUCGGGGACAGUGGUCAGGAAAAGACUUGAAUCUGCUGCCUUGUUAAUGGUUGAAGAAUUUAGCCCAUCGCAAACAUUAGCAGUAAUAGAGACCAUGGCAGAGAUGGAAUGCAGAAAUCCACAACUAAUUCAGCAAGUUGCAUCAAAUUUGUCCAAACAUUUGGAUAUGUACAAGCCAUUGGAUGCUGCAAAAAUAACGCAGGCUUUACUGUCACUUCAUUGUCAAAAACCAGAGCUAUAUGCAGAAUUGAGGCAAAUGUUAAUAUGCUAUCUUCAUGUCAGUGUUGUCCCCUAUGAGAUAUCCAUGUUAACACGUGUCCUCUCCCAGCUUCCUUCUCCACGAACUGAUCACUUGAUUCCUGCACGUAUUGAUGAUGUCUUGCCCCAGUGCAACUUAAGUGACUUGAAUGCAUUUGCUAUCGCCAUUACUAAGUGGGUACGGAAUGGCUCCUCAUACCAGCCUAGUACAGCAGCAGUGCAUGUGAAGCUUCUUCAAAAAUUAAAUAUGUGUGGCUUGGAGAGACUACAAAAGGCAAAUGACUUGGAUCUAUUGCUAGAAGAGAUUAAAUAUGUUGGUGGAGAAUGGUUUGAAGAAGUUCUUGCAGAAGAAACAAUGGCAAGCUUUGAACGACUGAAAGGACAAAUAACUUGGUCCAAUGUUGCUGAGUUAGCUCUGUUUCUAACCAAAACAAAUUGCCUUCAUACUGGUCUGCUGGAUCAAAUAGCAUCUGUCACACUUCAACACAUCAACAAGAUCCAUUUUUCAGCCACAUAUGCUAUCUUGCUUCCAUUCAAUGUCUUCAAUUAUGAUCCUCCGCAAGCUGAAGAUUUAUUUGAGUCAUGUGUACAGCGAUCUAGGCCUCAUUUCAAUGCAUUUGACCCUCAUCUUCUGGUGCUAUUUGGUUACUCACUAGCUCUUGCAAGUUACUUCCCAGAAGAUCUAAUUAGAACUAUUUUUAGUGUUAAUUUCCUAGCAAAAUUGGAUUCACAGCUGGACACUCUGUCAGAUGUUCUGAACAUGCGGAUCAGGUUGCGUUUAAUGGAAUUGAACAGAGCUGUCUGUUUAGAGUGCCCCGAAUUCCAGACCACUUGGUUUCAUGACCGUUACUGCCAGCAGCUGUUAAAUAAAGGCAAUGUUUCUAUUGGUCCAGUGCAGCAGCAAAUCCACGAAAUACUGGGCCAGCUACUGGGAGGAAGUAACUAUGUCAAAGCUGCUGUAUUCACCCCAUAUUAUUAUUUCACAGACUUUGAAUGUGUACUUGACAAACACCGAAAGCCUAUUCCUUAUGUGGAUCAGAACACUGUAUUUCUAUCCAAAAAUGGAAGAGAGCCCUGGAGACCAGACAAGGAAUUUCUUGAAGAAAAAUAUCUGCCACCUGGAGGAGAAAGAGUUGUUAUAGAGUUUCUCAAUGCUAAAGCUUUCUGCAAGAACUCUCAUCAUAUUAAAGGAGAAGCUGCAAUGAAAAAGAGACACUUGGAGAUUCUGGGAUACCGUGUCAUACAGAUACCUCAUUUUGAAUGGAAUUCCAUGGAAUUGUCAACAAAGGAUGCAUGGAUAGAAUACCUCAAGCAAAAGAUAUUUGCAGAAUAAUCUUCAUAAAUCAAACUUUGAAAAUGUUUUUAUACCACAUUCACGUGUAAAUCUACUGGCUUUCCUAAUAAUGCAAGUGUAUUCUAAUAUUUUAAACCAUUUCUAAAUACCAUACCAUUAUCAAAACAUUGAAAUCCGUUUACACUGUAAUGUAAAAAUGUGGGUCAUUUCAUAAAUAUAAUUCUUAGUAACAAGUAUUCCAUGAUUGGAAGUUGGGCAUAUUUAAUAUGCAAAAUUGUGAGUGAGAUUACUAUAUUUUUCAUAGAAUGUAUGUUUGUACUGAUGCUGGGAGGAUAAAUGCUUUCAGAUUAAAUCUGGGGUGGGGUGCAGAGUAAUCAAUGCAAUUCUCACAAUUAGUAUAGGAAAGCUAUUAUUCUUUUAAUGUGACAAUCAUUGAGAAGGAAAUUCAGUUACUGAAUGAAAACUUCUGAGGAGACACAAUUUUAAUGACUUACUAUUUUUUUUAUAUAAAAUGUUUUCAGGAAUUAAAAGGAUAUGAUGUGA